AUGGGCGACUCAGAUGAACCGGCUGCAGAGUUUCUGGGAGAUGAAGAUCAACAAGACGCUAACCAAUUUGAAGAUAUAUUUGGACCAGCGCAGGAAGGAGAAGACGACCCUGACCCCUUCUUUAUUCCAGACGGUCUCGAAGAAGAAGAAGCAACAGAUCUCAAACGUCUCCCUCCUCACCUCCUCUCCGUAUAUGCUGUCGUUGCGUGGCUGCACCUGCAGUUCCACCUCCCACGAGCAGCGUGCAACACAUUAUUGUCGAUAUUCGCCUGCAUUCUGCUUUUCAUUUCGCCUGGUAUUGACCUCCCCUUUGUCACUUUGCAGUCUAGCAACCGUGUUCUCGGUGUCGACAGCCCAAUCUACACCCUCGCUGUUUGUCCUUCCUGCCGUGAUGUCUUUCCACCUGCUUGCUCUCCCCAUUCACAAGAUACAUGUCCGACAUGCCACUUGGAUCUAUUUCUACCUGACGAAACUGCCCGUGGAAACCAGCGGGCCAACAAGACACCAAUAGUCAGAUAUCCGUAUCUCCCUCUAUCAGAUCAGCUCAAGUCUUUACUCAAAAUUCCCGGGCUCGAAAGUCUUCUUGACGACUGGCGCUCAAAACCUCGCGCUCCAAAUCAAUAUCACGAUAUAUUUGAUGGCGCCAUGUGCAGGACAAAACUCAAAGCACCUGAUGGUAGUAUUUUCUUCUCAAACCUUCCUCACGAGAAAUCAGGUCCAAACGGAGAACUACGUAUUGGCGUGAAUCUUGGAGUCGAUUGGUUCUCGUACAUACGGAGUAAUAUAGCGCCGUCGCAUUCAUCGUGUCCGACCUCGUUCUCAAUCUGCAACCUUCCCCCGGAAUAUAGGUUCCUCCGCCCUAUAGUCUCGGAUCUCCUUCGUUUGUGGCAAGAUGGUAUCAAGAUCCCUACGGAAUCAUGUCCUGAAGGUUGUAUCGUUCGCAUCAUUCUGGUUGCCGUCGUAUGUGAUAAACCGGCGGCGCACAAGAUAGGCGGAUUCGCAUCGCAUUCGCACACCAACUUCUGUACCACCUGUUGGAUCAACAUCGCCAACAAAGACAAGCAUUCUGCGUUCGCGAAAGGGGCUUUCAGAGCGAGAACGGAUGAGGAGCAUCGUCGCCUUGGAGAACAGUAUCGUCGACUUACGACCGCUAACGCUCGCAAGAACUUCGUCAAGGAUUUCGCAACCCGAUACACGCAGCUCUCAAGACUUCCAUAUUUCAACAUCGUCGAACAAGUUAUCAUAGACCCUAUGCAUAACUUGUUCCUAGGCCUCGUCAAGACCCAUUUUUACAACAUAUGGGUUCAAAGCAAGAUUCUCCGGCCUAAUCACGAACUCGAAACGUUCCACAACAUGUUGGCUGAUUUCGUUGUCCCUAGAUCGUGCGGAAAACUUCCCACCGACAUCGGUAUGCCGUCAGGAGGCUCCCUCACCGCGGACCAAUGGUUGCUAUUGGCCACCGUGUACGGUCCUAUAGUUAUCCCGCAAUUAUGGUCAAAGUGUCUCCCCUCUGAUCUCGAUGAUCACAUCCUACAGCAGCGCGCCGCCGUGAUCGAGAGGGCAGAGGCGGACAAAGAAGCCAACGCCGCUCAAAAGGCCCACGACAAGCAGAGCCUAGCAGAGGCGAAGAAAAAAGGUAAAGAUGCUUACGAAGCGGAGAAGACGCGGAUCGCGAAUGACAAGGUCAACGCUGCCGAGGCCAAAAAACAGGAGAAGUUGAGAAUCGCCUCCCUCAAACAGGCCGCAAAGCAGGCGGAGAAGAUACGUCAAGCCACGGAGAAGAAAUUGAAGGCUGCAGAGCGCAGGGGCCAAGUCCGCCCCCCACCUCCUCCUCCCGAUGUACCGGGCCCUUCGGACAGGUUUGAUGAUGUUGACGACGCUACUGACACAAAGUUCAGUCUGCAUCCGGACGACCCAGGGAACUUCUUAAAACUCUGCACGGCCCUCCGGAUAAUCGUCAAACACCACAUCAGCGACGAAGACUUAGAUAGAGUGGACCUCCUCAUUCGGGACUAUGGGAACGAGCUCAUUCGUUUGUACGGAUCGGCCGUCAUAAAACCCAACCACCACUAUGCGACUCAUAUUGCUGACUGUGCGCGGAAUUUCGGCCCACUGCACGACUUCUGGACCUUUCUGUUCGAGCGACUCAAUAAGGUUUUGAAGUCCUUCAAAACCAACAACCACAGCAACGGGGAACUCGAGACAACGUUCUUCCGCGAAUUCCAACGGACAUGCCAGAUAGGCCGCUUGACGUUCUCUCUACGCCGAUACCCAGACGAGACGCUCCCAUACGAAGUGGCCAAGAUCAUGCUUAAGGCAUCAAACGACGAACGAGGGACCGUUGCCGGACUAGCGGCAUUCACUAAAGAGCUUGAUGAUGGUCUCAUAGAUGCUGCACAAACUUACACUUUCAGCCCACGACAUCAGAAGAAAGACAUGUCAUCGGAAACCUAUCGACUCCUGGCACAAACUCUCUGCUUUUGGUUUCCCUUCACUCCGGUUCACUGUCGCAUGGACCUCCCAUUAGUCGCUCACAGCCUUCCUCUUGAAAGACAGGCUAUAUUCUUCGAGUACGUGAUUCUUGGCGGCAAGCGCUACUAUGCUUCUCGCACUGUCGGCUCUAAUCGUUCCUCAUUCAUUCACGCUAUCAUUCCAUCUGCGCUACACCCUCCUCGACACGCUUAUGGCGAGGUCUUAGAAUUGUUCCAGUUUGAACAAAAUUUCCGUGGACCAGGACACGAUACCAUGCUGUGGUUUGCGCGAACUCGCUGGUUUAAACCGUGGCGCUGCGAAUCAACCAAUCCAUGGGAUGAUUUGUGA